AUGUUAACCAAAUCCAGCAAAAACCUCACUGGAAUAAAAGUUAAAUACUUAAAUUAUAGUAAAAGUGAAGUGUAAAUAAUUCUGUUAAACACCAACUUCAAGAACGACCCGUUGUGCUCCCUCGCAUUAAUUUACCUUCUUAGAUCUCGAAAUAGAUAUUUGAAAAAAGAAAAACCAAAUUCUUGACAUCUUUCAAUCCAUCUCAUGAUUCAUGAAUUCUUUAGCUUUCCAGCGUCUGGUGUUCGCAAUGUUACUACUCCUCAACAUUCCAUUUCUAAAAGCUCAAUCACCCACCAAAGGUACCUCAGUUUCAUCCAGAUUUCUUGAUUCAGUUCUUCAAGACUAUGCUUUCCGAUCUUUUUCCCGUCACCGGCAAAGGACCGGAGCUAUCUACGACGGCAUUGUGAGCCCUGAGUUCACUGGAAUCACCGUCUCCGCCCUCCGCCUGAGAAGUGGUCGGUUGAGAAGAAAAGGGUUUUAUGGGUACAAAGAGUUUGAUAUUCCCGGUGGAGUUAUCGAGAGUCCGUACGUCGAGAGGGUGGUUUUGGUGUAUCAGAAUUUGGGUAACUGGUCGUCAGUUUACUACCCUUUACCGGGGUAUUUGUUUCUGUCGCCGGUGGUGGGUUUAUUGGUUUAUAAUGCAUCGCAUCAGACAGCGAAAAGGUUGCCGGAGCUAGAUCUUCGGGCAUCGGAGAAUCCCAUUUUAAUAAAGUUUGAAUCUUUGGGGCUUUUGGCAGAUGGGGUUUUGCGGAAAUGUGUGUUUUUCGAUUUAUUUGGUGGGGUUGAGUUUGAUCGUGUGUUGAAUGGGAGUGUUUGUUCGAGUGUAAAACAAGGGCAUUUUGGAAUAGUUGUUAAGGAGAGCGUUCCGGCACCGGCACCGGCGCCGUCGAAGUUGCCGGAGAAUCCAAUUGCUGUUGGCGGAGGCGGUGGUGCUGGAGGAGAGAGAUGGAAUAAUGAAUGGUGGAUUGGUGGGGUGGUGGCAGGUGUGGUUUUGGUGGUGGUGGUCUUUGGAGGGUCGUGGGCGGUGAGAAGUUUUAGGCGGCGGAGAAGGAUUGAAAAAAUGGAAUAUGAGGCUGAGGGCGAUGGUCCUUUGGCGGUGGCUGCCGUGGGGAGUGCUUUGGUGCCGGUGGCUAUGGGGACUCGGACGAAACCAGUUCUCGAGAACGAAUAUGUAAGUUAGUUCACUAUUAUUACUUAAUCAUAUUUUCUUUCAUUAUAUUAUUACUAUUUUAUUAAAAUAAAUAAAAUUAUGUGUCCAUAAAUGAAGAAUUUAUCAUUUAUGUUUCAA